AUGGAUCCACAGCAGCACCAUCGAGGCGCCCCAUCCUAUCGCGGCCUGCCUGGCUCCUCCCUGCAGCGGCAACUAGAGGAUCGCCGGCCUGGCAGCGCAGCACCAGAACAAAAACAGCAAAACACUGGCCGUCUCCAAGCCUCAUCGAUGCCGCCGACUUGCUACAACUGCAAGCAAGGCAAGCGCAUCGACAAGCCUCUAUUUGCUUGUUCCAAAUGCGGCAAGCAUUUCCACAGCGCCUGCCACCGGCCGCUGCCCAAGGACUCGAGAGACUGGACCUGCAAAAAGUGCCACUCCAAGGAGCCCAAGAGCCGCUACCAUGAGGCCGGCUCGACUUCAUCUUCCCUCUCGACCAGGAACAGCACGCCCACGCUACAGCAGCCUCCAGCUCCAGCUCACACAGCUCACAGCAUGGCGCGAAACGGGCCCAUCCCUAGCACCGGCAGCGCAGACUCGGUUGACUAUGUGCUACCGAGCCUGCCGUGCGCCUACAGCGGAUGCAAAGCAAUGACUAGUAGUGGGUUGCAAAUCAUCUGUGACUAUCAUAUCAAACUUUUAGAUCGCGCACCGGGCCAAACAGCCUCACCACCCAUCGGUGAGGCUCAGGAACCCGCGCCGCAUCAUGAAACCAAUACCAGAGUGCUGCCCAUUCUGCGGCGGAAGACCGCACCCACUGCAUCCAAAGCAGCUCGGUCCAGUGCUACCCCGAUAGCACAAUCUCCAGCUCAGAGUUCUAGGGUCUAUUCCCCCCAACAGACACAACAAGGCAUCAACAGCAACGGGCCCAUAGUCCAGACCACACCCGGCUCUGCGACCACAACUCAGGAGCAUGCUAAUAAAAAGGUGCGACUGAAUGGGACUGAGCCUGACUUCAGGCUUAACGGCCACUAUUCGUCCCAACUGGACAACAAGACGACGCCUGGUCAACCGUUGCAAAGGCUUCACAAUGGUGUCAACGGUAUCAACGGCGCUCACCACCAACCGUUCCCUGUUAAUUUCGCAGGAAGACCAUACCAAGCGCGGUCUGCAGAUCCUCCGUCAAGGCCUGAACCCACUCGAAGCUUCAGUGGGACGAACGGAUAUGUCCCGGGGGCAGGAGCCAUGGCCAAUGGAUACCGGAGUGCGUCCGUGGGGCACACCGUUGGUCAGAGACCUCAAGGAGCGGCAGGAUCGACGUCAAUGAACUCAGCACCUGGUCAGACUAAUCAGCACGCGGGGGAACAUCGCAGUGGUUUCUGGUUCGCGUCGCAGUGGGACAAGGCGAAUCCAAGCGGUCUCCCAGGAUGGCCAUUGAAGGCAAACGGUACACAUCAAGUGUCUGACCGUGCUGAACCGCCUACAAGGCAAGCAUAUGUAUCGGCAGAGAAGACCAAGGAUGGCCUUGUGCAGAUCAGAGGCGUGUCGUACUCGUCGGCGACGUUCUCAAAGCCCCAUGCUGAGCCGCAUCGGACACAGAAUGGGCUGCAAAGACCACAAUCGUUAGAGCCUAAAGCGUCGGCCAGCUCCACGAUGCCGUCGGUGCAGCCUCAGUCUACUUCUGGCGAGGCACAGCAGGCCAGAACACCAGCAGGUCCGCUCUCGGAACACCCGGCUGCAAUCACUGGGCAGACUAAGGUAGCACCGCAGGCGGAUUCUCAGUCCAGGAAAGGGCAAGAUCUUGAUGACAUUGAUCUCGAUUCAUGGAUCUACAAUCAGGAGGGCGCUUCUGCCCCUCCACCGGGCCUCUCGUUGGUGCCCAAGAAGGAGAUGCCUGCCCCUCACGCAGACCCGCAUUACGGUCACAUCGAUCCGCGGACACACUGGAGCAGAGAACGGUCGCAGGCGUGGCAUGCUGCCAAACAAAAGGAGAUCAAGGAGAGGGGCGGGCGCAAAGCUAACUGCGGAAAGGCGGCCGAGCGACUGGCCAAGCAGAGGAAGACAAGCGGAGAAAAGGAGGAAGAUACGGCACGCGAAGAGGUGCGCGAGAAUGAGCUAUGGCUCCGCGCGCUGCAGUGGGUCGAGAAGUGCGACAAGCAAGACUGGGAAAAGGACAAGGAAGCGUCGAGGCAAAGGGAAAUCCAGGAGCAACUUGAGGCCGAUGCAGCGGGGAGGAGUGGCGCUGCGACGGCCGCGCGGAACAAGCGGCGGUAA